AUGAAUUUGACUGUUGGGAGAGAUGAGUUUGAGGAGGCCCUGGUGAAGAACCUCAUCAUUGUCGGCCUGGCUGUGAUCAUCAACUGCAUCAAUGGGACCAUCAUCAUGACUUUCUGCAGGAAAGCUGUCUUCCACACCGAGUCCCGGUACAUCCUGUAUAUGAACCUGGUCGUCAACGACAUGAUCAUGGUCUGCUCCUCUGUGAUCAUGUACGUCUUGACCUACGCUCAUCCCGUCUUCGAAGCCUCCUUCUGCCUCAUUCUGGUCGUGGUCGGAUCGACCACUACCAUGAACACCCCCAUCAUCCUGGCCGGCAUGGCUAUCGAGCGCUACAUCGCCAUCUGCAAGCCUCUCCACCACACUCAGAUCUGCACCGUGCGCCGGACCUACGUCCUCAUCGGCCUCACCUGGGGCAUGGGGCUCAUCCCCGCCCUCGUCGACGUGGUGAUCGUCCGCGCCGUUCGCUCCGCGGGAUUCUUUUCCACCGCCGUCUUCUGUUACUACAUCGUUAUCUACAACACCCGAUACCAUAGGCAGAAGGCGCAGGUGGUCCAGGCCAUGUACAUGUCGUUCGUGUGGCUGUCGCUAAUCUACACAUACCUGAGGAUAUUCCUGACCGCCAAGGCGGCCACAGACGACAGCGGCUCCGCCAGUAAAGCCCAGAACACCAUCUUGCUGCAGUGCAUGCUGUCCUACCUCCCGCCUUUAGUUGACUCAUUUCUACUAAGUUAUUUCCCAGCCUAUCGCACCAAAAUAACGUUCCUGUUUUUCCUCCUCACAAACAUUGUUCCGAGGCUGCUGAGUCCUCUGAUAUACGGCCUCAGAGAUAAGACGUUUGCCAAGCACAUGUCACGGUACUACUCGUGCGGCAGGGUGUGCUGUUCAAAAGGGAAACGGAAGAGGAAAAAGCUGUCCCUCGGCAGCAGCAAUAAAAGAGUUGGCUCUUUGAAGACGUAA